UUCCUUAAAAUUUGUAUAUGUCUUUUCAGAUAUAACUAAUCUGUAUUGUGUUUGUCCAGUGUUAUUUGUCUUGUUUUACUUUGCAGUCUUAUUUCUCUAUUUUCUAACACUUUUUAUCAUAUUUAAGGCACCUUUUAAAAGUCUGCAAGUCUGCAAAACACGAUGGCUAUCCAUUGAAUCUGCAGUUGCCAGAAUUUUGCAUCAGUGGAUUGAACUUAAGCUACAUUUCAGUCUUGCAGCAACAAAAGAAAAAAAUGUUUUAAAGCGCAAAGCUUGCAUAAAUUCUAUAGCGAUGAAGUUAAUUUGUUAUACUUAACGUUUUUAAAGCCAGUAUUAAGCGAAAUGCAGGCUAUAAACAAAAAUUUCCAGGCCACCAAUUCAAAUGCAAGCAAACUUUUAACUGAUCUUGUAUUUGGAAUAAAUUCUUUAAAAUCAAAAAUAAUAUCCCCUGAAGACAUAGUUGACGUUCUGAAUACUGAUUUUAAAGGACAUGUCAAGAGGGAUCUACCUUUGGGUUAUGCAUUCGAAAUGUUGCUCAAAAAAAUAAAGGAAAAUAUUUCCGAUGAAAUAGAAAUGGAAAUUCGAUUUAGGUGCACGGAAUUUCUAAUUUCACUUAUAGAUGAGCUUAGAAAGAGAUUACCAGAAAACUACCAAAUAUUAAAGCAAAUCGACAUUUUUUCUGUUGACAAAAUAUUGAACGCCAAAAAGGGCUCUGUUAUUCAAAUCCUAAACCUUUUCAAAUUGCCUGUCACUCAGAUUGAAGAGCUCAUUCUGCAGUACAACACCAUACAUCUUUUGAAAUGGGAAAAUACCGAUUGUACCUUGAAAUUUUGGGCUGAAGCAAACAAUUAUGUGGAUUCGGGAGGUAAUCAUCGAUUUAAAUCAUUAGCUACUUUUGUCUUGAGCUUACUAUCGCUACCGUGGUCAAACGCGGAAGUCGAACGAGUGUUUAGUCAGAUGAACAUUGUAAAAUCAAAGCUGAGGAACUCAAUGAACAUAGACACACUUAAUUCGAUUUUACACAUACGUUAUGGAUUGCGUAGAUCAAAUAAAUGUUGCCACAACUUUGAAGUGCCUCCAAAGUAUUUGAAUUUAAUUGGAACAAACAACUCCUAUACUCUUGAGGAGAAUAUGGACUUUAUUGAGCUUGAUAAUUGUCUAUCAAUUUUCAAAUAA